AUGUCCAGCGGAGCCCUGGGGCGUCUCAGUACCCUAACCCUGAGUGUGAAACAGAUCAGCCGGCUGCCUCACCUCUCCGACAUCCUCCCCUCUUCUCUCCCCUCCCUCCCCUCCCCCAGCCCCACCGUCCCCGUCUCCUGCGUCCCCACUCUGUUCCGGGAGCCCUACAUCCUCUCCGGCUACCGCCCGGUGGGGCAGGACUGGCGAUGUUACCUCCUCAGCCUCUUCCAGAGACACAACGAAUCCCUCAACGUCUGGACACACCUUCUGGCUGGCCCCUUGGUGCUGCUGCGUGUCUGGGCCUAUGGAUUGUCCCUAGACCCAGCCUCCCUGCCUCUCUGCCUGUACAUACUGUCUGCCCUCACCUACCUGUGUUGUAGCGUGACAGCCCACCUGCUUCAGUCCCACUCCGAGCUGACCCACUAUUCUCUGUUCUUCCUGGACUAUGUGGGCGUGGCGGUGUAUCAGUAUGGCUGUUCCCUGGCUCACUAUUUCUACUGCUCUGAGCCUGCCUGGAGGGAGAGCGCUGUAGGUACUUUGUGUUUUGUUUUUAUUAUUGCUAUGGGAACACACUUCGUUAAGGUUCUCUCUCCACACUCUAGUGCAUAUUAUUCACCCUGCCUGCGUCCCAAAUGGCACCCUAUUCCCUAUAUAAUACGCUACUUUUCACCUGGGCCCAAAGGGGGAAAAGGAAGCCAUUUUGGAUGCCUUCGGUACUUUGUGUUUUUGUUUUUGCAUACCUGAUUCUGAUAGUGUGUUAUAAUUGCCUACGGAGGAUUACAGUCUCUCAACUCUUACUGAGUGGUCCACAAGGUGGCUUUUAAAUCUGGAAUGUGUAUUGCCGAUUUGUUGUAAUAUUGUGCUCAGGGGUGAAGUUUCCCCUAUGUGCAGUUUUAGGAUCAGCUUCCCCUCCCCCAAUACUAACUUGAACCAUUAGUGGGGAAAAUGCAAAAGUGACCCAGGAUCAGCGUCUAAGGGCAACUUCACCCUACUCCUAAUAUUUGUGGAGUGACAAACUUUUCUACCUCUACCUCUAGGGUUCUGGUUCCUCCCUGGUGCUGCCCUACUUGGCUGGCUGUCCUGCGCCAGCUGCUGCUUUGCCAAGUCACGUUACCGCCGGCCCUAUCCGCUCCGGAGGAAGAUCUGCCAGCUGAUCCCCACAAGCAUGGCCUACUUCCUGGACAUCAGCCCUGUAGCCCACCGCCUGGCCACCGUACCCUGGGGACAGGACCCCGCUCUACCGCUCCACGCCCUGCAGGUGGGUGGGUGGGUGGAUGACAGGAUGGAUGGAUGGAUGUAGGAAUUAUCAUGGAUGUGGCAACUCUAUAGAGGAUUUUAAAAAACACAAUUAACAGUCAACUGACUUAUUUCUGUUGUGGUCCUCCAUUUUGUAGAUGGCCUUCUUCCUGCUUGCAGCCCUCUUCUUCUCCUGCCCUGUUCCUGAGAGGUUCUUCCCGGGGCAUUGUGACAUCAUGGGUCAGGGACACCAGAUCUUCCACCUCUUCCUGUCUCUGUGUACUCUAUCUCAGCUGGAGGCCCUUUUCCUGGACUAUGGCAGUCGGAGGGAUACAGUGCUGCAGGUGUAUGGGGAGAGGCAGCUGUGGUUCGCCGGUGUAUCCUUCCUCGCCCUGGCACUAUGUAGUGCCCUGACUGCGGUUGUCAUGAGGAGGCAUGUACAGAGACGACUGGAGAAAAGUGAAACUGUGAAACAGUGAGGAGGGGAGAGGAAGAAUGAGACAUUUUCAGUGUUUUUGAGAAUGAUCGUGUCCUGUAAAUGUAUAGAUACAGUAUUUAUCUAAGACGAUAAGCAUCUUUAUAGCAGAUGAAGGUUUCGUGCCUUAAAAGAUUAUUUGAUUCCUGUACAAUAUAACCAUUUCCUUCUUUGUUUACGCAUCUCUGGACAGAGGGUAAAUGUUUAUUUGACUACUUACUGAAGCCUUGAUUCAGUAACCUGGUCCCAGAUCUGUUUGU